GCCACAGCUCAGCAGCCAGCGGGAGUCCGCUCCUGCCUGGGGCCUAAGCCACUCUACGGCGGCGGGCGGACGGAGGCGGCAGCAGGCACCCAGCCCUGGGGCCCCCCUUCUGGGGACAGCGCGGCAGGGGAGAUCCAGGCGGGGUGGGGGCCACCAUGGCCCGCCUCUUCAGCCCGCGGCCGCCCCCCAGCGAAGACCUCUUCUACGAGACCUACUACAGCCUGAGCCAGCAGUACCCGCUGCUGCUGCUGCUGCUGCUGAUCGUGCUUGGGUCACUCCUGGCGCUGCUGGCUGUGGCCUGGGCCAGUGGCAGGGAGCUGGCUUCAGACCCGAGCUUCCUGACCACCGUGCUAUGCGCGCUGGGCGGCUUCUCGCUGCUGCUGGGCCUGGCUUCCCGCGAACAGCGACUGCAACGCUGGACCCGUCUCCUGUCUCUCCUAGUGUGGGCAGCGCUGCUUGCGCUAGGUUAUGGCUUCCUGUUCACGGGGGGCGUUGUGAGCGCCUGGGACCAGGUGUCCUUUUUCCUCUUUGUCAUCUUCACCGUGUAUGCCAUGUUGCCCUUGGGCAUGAGGGACGCUGCAGCUGCGGGCCUCACCUCCUCACUCUCACACCUGCUGGUCCUUGGGCUGUAUCUUGGGCCUCAGCCGCAAUCCCGACCUGCGCUCCUGCCUCAGCUGGCUGCAAACGCGGUGCUGUUCCUGUGCGGGAACGUGGUUGGAGCGUACCACAAGGCGCUGAUGGAGCGCGCGCUGCGCGCCACGUUCCGGGAGGCACUUAGCUCCCUGCACUCACGCCGGAGGCUGGACACUGAGAAGAAGCACCAGGAACAUCUUCUCUUGUCCAUCCUUCCUGCCUAUUUGGCCCGAGAGAUGAAGGCGGAGAUCAUGGCCCGCCUGCAGGCAGGACAGGGGUCACGUCCCGAGAGCACCAACAACUUCCACAGCCUCUAUGUCAAGAGGCACCAAGGAGUCAGUGUGCUGUAUGCUGACAUCGUGGGCUUCACGAGGCUGGCCAGUGAGUGCUCCCCUAAGGAAUUGGUGCUUAUGCUCAAUGAGCUGUUUGGCAAGUUCGACCAGAUCGCCAAGGAGCACGAAUGCAUGCGGAUUAAGAUCCUCGGAGACUGUUACUACUGCGUCUCUGGGCUGCCGCUCUCACUGCCAGACCACGCCAUCAACUGUGUGCGCAUGGGAUUGGACAUGUGCCGGGCCAUCAGGAAACUACGGGCAGCCACUGGUGUGGACAUCAACAUGCGUGUGGGUGUGCACUCGGGCAGUGUGCUCUGUGGGGUCAUCGGGCUGCAGAAGUGGCAGUAUGAUGUCUGGUCCCAUGAUGUCACAUUGGCCAACCACAUGGAAGCAGGAGGCGUGCCAGGACGUGUGCACAUCACCGGGGCCACACUGGCCCUCCUGGCCGGGGCUUAUGCAGUGGAGGGUGCAGCCAUGGAACACCGGGACCCAUACCUUCGCGAGCUGGGGGAGCCUACAUACUUGGUCAUCGAUCCCCGGGCCAAGGAGGAAGACGAAAAAGGCUCUGCGGGAGGGUUGCUGUCCUCCCUUGAGGGCCCCAAGAUGCGUCCAUCACUGCUGAUGACCCGCUACCUGGAGUCCUGGGGUGCAGCCAAGCCUUUCGCCCACCUGAGCCACGUAGAGAGCCCUGUGUCCACCUCCACCCCUCUCCCGGAGAAGGCCCUGGCUUCCUUCAGCCCCCAGUGGAGCCUGGACCGGAGCCGUACCCCCCGGGGACUGGAUGAGGAACUGGACACCGGGGAUGCCAAGUUCUUCCAGGUCAUCGAGCAGCUUAACUCUCAGAAACAGUGGAAGCAGUCAAAGGACUUCAACCUACUGACACUGUACUUCCGAGAGAAGGAGAUGGAGAAAGAGUAUCGACUCUCUGCACUCCCCGCCUUCAAAUACUAUGCAGCCUGCACCUUCCUGGUUUUUCUCUCCAACUUCAUCAUCCAGAUGCUGGUGACAAACAGGCCCCCAGCUCUGGCCAUCACCUAUUGCGUCACCUUCCUCCUCUUCCUCCUCCUCCUCUUCAUCUGCUUCUCGGAGCACCUGACGAGGUGUGUCUUGAAAGGUCCCAAGAUGCUGCAUUGGCUGCCCACACUAUCUGGCUUGGUGGCCACACGGCCUGGACUUCGAGUCGCCCUGGGCACCACCACCAUCCUACUGGUCUUCGCCAUGGCCAUUACCAGCCUGUUCUUCCUACCAACAACUUCCAACUGUCCUUUCCACGCUCCCAAUGUGUCCUCCGCGGCCUUCAACCUCUCCUGGGAGCUCCCUGGGUCCGUGCCUCUCCUCAGCGUCCCGUACUCCAUGUACUGCUGCGUCCUGGGUUUCCUCUCUUGUUCCCUCUUCCUGCACAUGAGUUUUGAGUUGAAGCUGCUGCUCCUCCUGCUGUGGCUGGUGGCCUCCUGCUCCCUCUUCCUGCACUCCCAUGCCUGGCUGUCUGACUGCCUCAUCGCCCGCCUCUACCUGGGCCCCUUGGACUCCAGGCCGGGGGUGCUGAAGGAACCCAAGCUGAUGGGCGCCAUCUCCUUCUUCGUCUUCUUCUUCACCCUCCUGGUUCUGGCUCGGCAGAAUGAGUACUACUGUCGUCUGGACUUCCUGUGGAAAAAAAAGCUGAGGCAGGAGCGGGAGGAGACAGAAACGAUGGAGAACUUGACUCGGCUGCUCUUGGAGAAUGUGCUUCCUGCACACGUGGCUCCCCAGUUCAUUGGCCAAAACCGGCGCAACGAGGACCUCUACCACCAGUCCUAUGAGUGUGUCUGUGUCCUCUUCGCCUCAGUACCAGAUUUUAAAGAGUUUUACUCCGAGUCCAACAUCAACCACGAAGGGCUAGAGUGUCUGCGGCUGCUUAACGAGAUAAUCGCCGAUUUUGAUGAGCUACUCUCCAAGCCUAAAUUCAGUGGAGUGGAGAAGAUCAAAACUAUCGGCAGCACCUACAUGGCAGCCACAGGCUUAAAUGCCACCUCCGGACAGGACACACAGCAGGACGCUGAACGGAGCUGCAGCCACCUGGGCACCAUGGUGGAAUUUGCGGUGGCCCUAGGGUCUAAGCUGGAUGUCAUCAACAAGCACUCAUUCAACAACUUCCACUUGCGUGUGGGGUUAAACCAUGGACCAGUAGUGGCUGGAGUGAUUGGAGCCCAGAAACCACAAUAUGAUAUCUGGGGCAACACGGUGAAUGUGGCCAGCCGCAUGGAGAGCACAGGAGUCCUGGGCAAGAUCCAAGUGACUGAGGAGACAGCCCGGGCCCUGCAGUCCUUAGGAUACACCUGCUACAGCCGGGGCAUCAUCAAGGUCAAAGGCAAAGGGCAGCUGUGUACCUACUUCCUAAACACGGACUUGAUACGAACUGGACCUCCCUUGGCUACCCUGGGCUGAGACUCUCCCCCUUCCACUCCUCCUCUAAGAUCCUUAAUGAAGAAGUCGGUAUGGCUGGAAUCAGUUGAUGUCAGAAGCUGCCAUUAGAGCUGGAGAUCACCUCCUUGCCGCUCAACAAGACGACUUCUUGCCAAGCCAAAAUGAGUGUAUGUCUGUGUGCAAGUGUGUGCAUGAGUGUGUUAGAAAAGAUUGCUUCUUUACACCCAGCCGAGGAAGAGGACUGUCUGACAACCUGAUUGCAGUAUUUUGUACACCCUGGAAGCAUAAAGAAU